CACCCUCAGCAAACAACGCCUCCUGACGCGCUUAUACAACACUUUAUGAAACAUUUUGCAUGUUGACACGUCUUCACCAUCAGCACUGAGCUGCACAUCAACAACAACGAGGGCUUUAUUGUUGUUUGUUUAUGGUGAGCAUGAUGCGUCUGCACGGGUCAACAGGCAUGAUGGUAGCAGCGCUGUUGGCUCUGCUGGCUUUCUGUCAACAAUGUGCCUCAGCUGACAGUGAAGCUCCACCAGAGGUCUAUCAGUACAAUGGCACCCUGUAUGCAGCCUGCAAAAUGAGACCCAGCACCACACUACCUGACGGUCUGCCCAAAGUGUACGGCCAGGUGCUGUUCAAACAGGAAUAUCCUCGGGAAAAACUCAGAGUCCUCAUUCGCAUCAAUGGCUUCCCCACAGACAGUGAUCCAGAGCCCAGGGCGGUGCACAUCCAUCAGUACGGAGACCUGAGCCGGGGGUGUGACUCCACUGGCGGCCACUACAAUCCACAUGGUGUGAACCACCCCAACCACCCUGGAGACUUUGGUAACUUUGAGCCCCAGGAAGGAAAAAUCAAUACGAUGAUAGAGUCCGAGGCAACGCUGUUCAGAGGGCUGUCUGUGAUUGGGAGAGCAGUGGUGAUCCAUGAGAAGGUGGACGACUUGGGGCGUGGUGGAGACGCAGGGAGCCUGCUGCAUGGGAAUGCAGGCCGCAGGCUUGGAUGCUGCAUCAUCGGGAUAUCCUCCCCUAACCUGUGGAAUACGCACUAUAAGCUGUUUAACAGGCGGCUGAGGAGGAAUUAGUCUGAUGGUCAACAUACAGGAUUUGCCUCUGUAUUGAUUCAUUGUGUCCACUGUGUUUCUUGUCUGAUACAGACAAAUCAAUGACUUAAUCAAACCCCCCCUUUUUCCAAACAUUCAAGAGAAGAACCGCUCCAACUUCAUGUAAGAGUAUUCCCAAAAUACUAAGAAUAAAGUACAAUAGCUCAGAUAUGUUUUUAUCCAUGAUUGCAGCAGGGUUGGUUUGUUUGGUCCACCACUUUGGUCCACAUUAAAUAUCUCAACUAUUGAAAUUUGGUACAGAAAUGGUGCCCAAACAAUGAAAUUAAAGUACCUUUCAUCUAACACCACCAGCAGGACACAGUUUUCCAUUUAUCCUGUCAAAUAUCUCACAUCUACACACAGAUUCACACACAGUUCGGUUCAGACCUUCAUAUGUAACAGGGUCAAUUAUACAGCAGUAAUAUGUGUAACAAAGUCAAAUGUACGUUUGUAAUAUUAAGUAUUAUAAUUCUACCUGACAUGCUCAGGCCUCCAUAGUCAAUAUGUGGAGUGUUUGAUACUCAGUUUCUGUACCUCUGCAUUCAACUUUGGGGAAACUCACCUAUAUAGGAGUGUCUCCCGCCUGUCCUCUCCCCUUUUGCUGUUGUACUCCAUGGGAGAGGGGCUCGUGUUAUAUGGUUAUAAUUGACGGAGGAUUUUGUUUUUACCUCUUGCUGUCAGAGUUGUCAGGAAUAAACGGAGAUCACCUCCAAAUAUAUCCACUGUCUGGGCCUCUUCAUAUCAUACAUCAUCAAGUCAAAAUUUCUGUACUUCUGUUUUGCCAAAGUUGGCACGCUAACAUGCUAAGCUAAGAUAAUGAACGUGGUAAACACUACCACACCCUGUGUGACAUCUGCACAGCAUUACCGUAUAAAGCUUCAGGGCUCAUUUUGGAAUCUGUUUUUCCCAGACAGUCACUGCACCCUAAAAUUACAACAAUCCAGUAGUUGAAAAUCUUUUAUUUUGCAGAAAUAAAUCCAUUCUUUACAUUUGUUUUGCACACAUAUGGCUCUAUGUCAUUUCUAUCUGGUGAGGUAAUAAUAUCUUUUCACCACAAAAACACAAACAAGACAUCAGUGCUGGUAAUCUACAUGUUGUGCCUUCAUUGUGUUAGAGACUUAUAAACUCUGUAAGUGUACUCUGUAAUAAGACAUCUGUUCAGAUUCUUGUAAAUCUUCAAAUAUGUGCUUUGAAGACACCUGUUGUGGGAUUAAAUAAGAGCAAGGUUUAAUUAAAAUAAAUAAAUAGUAUAUUAUCAUGCAGCAUUUUCUAUAGUUUUGAUAUUUUUUUUCAUUGUUAAAAUAAAAAUCUGGUGUAAGGGUGUUUAGCAAAAAAAGCAAAAUGCCCCACACUGUAAAAUUUACAACAAUAUAAGAGAUGAAACUGGAAAUGUCUGUAUUGUGUUUGAGGAAAUACAAUAAAGCUGCUGCUUGGCUAAAAAACA